AACCUAAUGGAACUCGCAGUGUUCCCGCGUUGACUUGCAAGCAACUUGCUGAAGCACAACCACACCUUCCAAGUGGCGAGUACUGGAUCGAUCCAAAUGGCGGUUCGCCUCAAGACGCAAUCCUGGUUUACUGUGACAUGCGAACAAAGGAGACUUGCAUCAGGGGAACAAAAACGGACUUCAAGGCGCCUGGAGGAAAUUCAGCCGAUUACACUUGGCUUGGGGAAAUGGACAACUUCGAUCAGUUCUCCUAUGAAGUUGAGGGUCCUCAGCUGGCCAUGCUGAAACUGCGAAGCCCCGUGGCUAGACAAACUCUCAGUGUGCCCUGUGACGAAGCGUCGGCGGAUUCCAUUGAAAUGCUGAAACUGUAUGCUGACAAUGAGAUCGAAUUGAGCGCAGCUGAUGUUCAUGCCAAAUUCAGCGUUGUUCACAACAACUGCAAGAAUGAAGCCAGAGAGGCGCUGAUCGACGUCAGCGGUGCUGCAACGCGCCUACCUAUCCGUGACGUCGCCUUUGUCGCUGCCGGCGAAAGCAUUGGCGUCAAGUUGGGACAGGCUUGUUUCCUGUAG